AUGGCGGAGAGGUGUGGGCUCUGCCCCCAAGUGCACAUCUUGGGGCCAGAGGAGGACGGGGUGCGUGUGGUGUGCACAGCCUCGGGCUGGUUCCCGGAGCCCCAGGUGCAGUGGAGACACCCCCGUGGGGAGCAGUUCCUGGAGUUCUCCAAGGUCCAGGCCCAGGACAAUGAGGGGCUUUUCUGUGUGGAGGCCGCUCUGGUGGUGAGAGACAGCUCUGUGGGGAGCGUGACCUGCUCCAUCCUCAACCCUGUCCUGGGCCAGGAGAAGGCCAUGGCCAUUGUCAUCCCAGAGCCCUUCUUCCCCCGGGCCUCUCCCUGGAAGCCAGCUUUCCUGGUGAUCCUGCCCUUGCUGCUGCUCCUGCUCCUGGGGGCUGCCUGCUACACCCAGAGAGAACAUUCCACACAGGAUGUCCUGCAAGCUCUAAACCAGAGGAAGGCAGCAUACCUGGCUGGUGAGUGA